AUGGACAUCACAAUAAAGCCUGUUUUUUCCUUCUCGCUUAACUAUAAGGUAUUCGAGAAGCUAGUAACUUGUGGAAAAUACGAUGGUAUACAUUCCUGUCUUACGGUGGUGACCAACGCGGAUAAGAUACUCAUACACACACCACAUAAACGCUAUGGGCUGCAAAAUUCAAAACUAUCGGUAUCGGAAAUUAAGAAUGACAUAGCAAUGCUUAAUAUGAAUUUUUCCAUUCGAGCAUUGAUAGCGGGAAAGUUGAAAAAGGACGACGAGCGCGAUGUACUCGUAAUUGGCAGUGCUUCGCACUUCCUAGUUUAUCAUGUCGAUGAAAAUUACAAUUUGUUUCAAAGAGAUUUCCACGAAGGUGUUCGGACGGUUUUGAUAGGGUCAUUUUCUUAUUUCUCUGGAUAUACAUUAAUCGUAGGAGGAAAUGCCGUGAUCAAAGGGUUCGAUUCACACGGUAAUGAAAUUCUUUGGCUGAUAACUGCCGGAGGAGUAAAUUGCUUGCUUUUAAUGGACGUGAACAAGGACGGUCAAAAUGAGCUUAUUGUAGGCACGGAUGACGGUUGCAUAAAAAUCUACAAGAAGGACACACUGUUGCAUGAAUUUACCGAGGGCAACGAGGUGCAAAAUCUUAUGAUGAUCAACCAGAACCAGUUUAUGUAUAGCGUCAAGAAUGGAACGAUUGGUGUUUUCGACGAGAGCGUUCGAUUGUGGAGAAUCAAAUCGAAAACCAGGGUCACUGCUAUGGUAAUGUACGACAUAUUGGGAUGUGAAAAUAAGCAAAUUAUUGUCAGUUGGAAAAGUGGCAAAAUCGAUGUACGAGACUGUCGGACUGGAGAUGUACUAAUUAAGAUGAAGCUGAAUGAUUUUGUGUGCGGGAUUGCGUGCAAUGAUUACCGAGGAAUCGGCGUUCUUGAUUUGGUGAUCGUUACAGCAGAUGGCGAAAUUCGAGGUUAUACAACUCCAACCGUAAAUCUUUUGAAUCUUCAUAACUUGGCUGACGAAGAAAUGAACGGUCUUCUCUCGCAGAAGCAAAAAUUGUUGCUUGAAUUGAAACACUAUGAGAACAAUAUAAAAUUCAACAAGGAAAUCCUUAGUAGCAACGACUCACAGUUAGUACAAAGUGUACCAGACGACGUGGGAGUAAUACCAUCCAACACACGGCUACAGAUAGGUAUUUCAACAAGCUACGAUAGCUCGGACAUGAACAUAGACAUUACCGUUUCUACCAACAACGCCACUACCAUACGAGCGGUGUUAAUUUUUGCUGAUCAACUAUUCAAGGAAGAAACAUUGAUUGCACACCUUACCAAAGACGUUUCAAGGAUUUUGAUUCCUCUAAAAACUGUGAAAGACAAUGCACAGGACAUUCAUAUAAAGGCUUUCGUUGGCUAUCCCACAAGUGUGCAGUUUCAUGUGUUCGAGUUAACACGUCAGUUGCCUAAGUUUGCCAUGUACACUAUACCGCAUAGUCUAACUGGUUCACCGAAAAGCAUUGCCUACAUCAAUGGCCUCUCAAGUGAGAAAACUCCCGGCGAGAGCUUCGUUGAAUUCCGUAUCACCGAACGGUUGAAGCGGAUUUGCAUAUGGAUUAAUCAGAACUUCUUGCUCCCGUCGGACAUUGAAUAUAUGACAUCAUCGGACUCUGAUGCAACGGAGCUAAAGCUGAACUUAAUCAGUCUGCGCACCGGCAAAAACGUAUGCCUCCAUUUCAACAAUGACGGCAAAACCCGUUUUUACACCGAAGACAUUGGACUGGCCGGUGACCUCAUUCAGUCUUUGGUGCAGUUUAUGAAUAUUGAAAAUAUGAAUGCUAGCGCUUAUUUUCCGUCGGUUUACUCAGAAAUCAGAGAUCUGUUCAGUAAGUUGCAAGGCUUGCAAGAGACUGAGAAACAGAUAAAUUCUGAAAUUAUUGACAACAUAAAUCAAGUUAAAAGCCAUCUCAUACGAGCAGAGGAUGCUCGAUACUAUAAUGGUGAUCAUGUUAUCAAAUAUCACAACGAGAUGAUGAACACCAACGAAGAUCUCGUGAAAAACUACAAGAUACGCUUGGUCAACACAGGCGAGGUACAACUGGCACUGAAACGUAUCCAUAACAUACUGUAUAGCGCAUCGAAGCUGAGAGUCGGAACCUACGCCGCUUCAAUCAUUACUAAGUUCAAAGAUGCAUUAAAAGCUAACAACAUCGAGGCCGUCCUGAGAAUCAUUGAACUGGGUGAAACAUAGGCGCCGCCGCCGGAAUGAAAAUGGAAAAAAGCAGUUGAAUUGUUUGCGUCUAGAGACGGAGACUAACAACCGAUGAAGUCACUGAGUCAUCUGUGCGGAGGCGGUCAGCCAUCGUAGUCCGUCCGGAAGUAAGUUUAAAUGUGGCGCACGCUUAGUUAUUACUGUUAUUCUAAUUGUUGUUGUUGAUUACCGGGUACGACAGUACCUUCUUUUAGUUGUAUUGAUUGGAUGUAAUGUACAGACGUGAGCGUUAAAUCGUUUCAUCCUACACUUUUUUCAAUUUCCUCCCAUAGCUUGCAUGGAUUAUCGGCUCCCGGGAUCUGUAUAUACCCAGUAAUGCUAGUGAUAGUUCAAUAUUUUGCUGUUAGAAACACUCUGUAAAAGAAUUUGCAUUGUAUAUUGAGACUCAGAAAACAAAUUCACAGAAGAAGGUUUGGUUUGUAAUUUUCGGUGACUAAGGUUUACACAAAUCCGUCUAGCUUAUUUCUUAGUGUGACAGAAUUCGUUUUUUGAUUCCUAUGAUUUGUUAUAUGGGAUCCAAUAAUGGUAUCGGUAAACUUAAAACAAAACUUUUAUGUAAAUAAAUACUGAUCUUUGAUCUACUAAUAUUAUUGAUAUUGAUAUUAUUGACUUUGAUAUUAUUGAUAUUGACUCAUUUUUGACGAUGGCAGCAAUCUAUUAAUUCCAUGCUUUGUGUAUUACGCUGACAAGGUUUUGUAAAUAUAUUUUACUAAGAAGCUCAACAAAGAAACUUUUCCCAGAUAACUAAUAAGUAUUUCCAGUGCAAUUAUUCAAAUGUAUGUCAAUAAGCAUUCAAGUCACCUUAAAUGCUACGUAAAAAUUACUUUGACAAAAUAUACGGCUACUUUACUGCUAACCCUCUUAUAGUGCUGACAAUGCUAAUUACAAAAAGAAUUUCAUGCAAAUUUACAACAGCUAUAACAUGAUAUGCUAAUAAACGGUUGGUUUUUCUGGUCUGGUUCUGGGUAGUCAUUACAAAUAGAAUUUAUUUGUAUUAAAUGGAGUUUUCAUUAUUAGUUAAUUUCCCAUCGAU